UCCUUUUUUAUUCCUUUCCUUCUCUUUCCUUGCCCUUCCGGGCGCAGCGAUAUCGGCAUCGGGCAGUCUCAGGACGACAGCAUCGUGGGGCUGAGGCAGAGCAAGCACAUCCCUCCCGCGCUGCCCGUCAGCGGGACCCUCUCGUCCAGCAACCCGGACCUGCUUCAGUCCCAUCACCGCAUCCUGGAUUUCAACACGACGCCUGACCUUUUCCAGGAUGACUGGUAUUACCUGAAGAACAACAUGGAAACAGAAACACUUUGUUCAGAUGAAGAUGCUCAAGAGUUGCUAAGGGAAAGCCAAAUUUCCCUGCUACAGCUCAGUACUGUCGAGGUGGCCACACAGCUUUCCAUGAGAAACUUUGAGCUAUUCCGUAAUAUUGAACCCACAGAAUAUAUAGAUGACUUGUUUAAACUGAAAUCAAAAACAGGUUGCACUAAUCUAAAGAAGUUUGAAGAAGUGAUAAAUCAAGAGACUUUCUGGGUAGCUUCUGAGAUUCUAAGAGAAACCAACCAGCUAAAAAGGAUGAAGAUCAUUAAGCAUUUCAUUAAGAUAGCACUACACUGCAGAGAAUGCAAGAACUUCAACUCCAUGUUUGCCAUCAUCAGUGGCCUGAAUUUGGCACCGGUUGCACGGCUCCGAACUACCUGGGAAAAACUUCCAAGCAAGUAUGAGAAGCUUUUCCAAGAUCUACAGGACUUGUUUGAUCCAUCUAGGAAUAUGGCAAAAUAUCGUAAUGUCCUUAACAGCCAAAACCUACAGCCCCCUAUUAUUCCUCUGUUUCCUGUUAUCAAAAAAGACCUUACAUUCCUUCAUGAAGGGAAUGAUUCAAAAGUGGAGGGCUUGGUCAAUUUUGAGAAGCUGAGAAUGAUUGCAAAAGAAAUUCGCCAUGUUGGUCGUAUGGCAUCUGUUAACAUGGAUCCUGCUUUGAUGUUCAGGACCAGGAAGAAGAAAUGGAGGAGCUUGGGGUAA